GCGUGAGCAGGACGCAUCAACGUUGUCUCCUACACGAGUUAUCCAAAGGAUCACAAACCCUAGAAAACGAUCAAGACCAAAAGAGCACACUCGGGAAGCAGAGAAUGGCUGGACCGAUCUCGCAGGACUGGGAACCGGUGGUGCUCCGCAAGAAGGCCCCAAACGCCGCUGCCAAGAAGGACGAGAAAGCUGUGAACGCCGCUCGCCGCUCCGGAGCUGAAAUCGAGACCGUCAAGAAGGCCACUGCUGGGAGAAACAAAGCAGCAUCUAGCAGCACUACUUUGAACACGAGAAAGCUGGACGAUGAAACAGAGAAUCUUGCUCAUGAUCGUGUGCCCACUGAGCUGAAGAAAAGCAUUAUGCAAGCUCGACUGGAUAAGAAGCUAACACAGGCUCAACUUGCUCAGAUAAUCAAUGAGAAGCCUCAAGUCAUCCAGGAAUAUGAAUCGGGAAAAGCUAUUCCAAAUCAACAGAUAAUUGGCAAGCUGGAGAGGGCUCUUGGAGUGAAAUUGCGUGGGAAAAAAUAGAAGAAUCCUUGUAUAUAGAUUAUGAGUUACCUGAUCGUGGAUUGGAUCUUUCUUGUAGACCUUGAUGAAUUGCAAUAUAAUAAUGUGUCGUAGUAAAGUUGCGUUGUUGUAAGAAAAGUUCCUGGAGUCGCCACUCUAGAGUCCCUCCUUUUGUUUCUUGUUUGAGAAACGAGAAUCUGUGUUUUUGACAUUGCAUGUGAAAUUAUGAUUCUCUGUCUUUGCCUGCUCCCAGACAGGUGCAUAA